UUGCUUCAAGAUACACACACUCAUCUAGGACCAAGGGAGGGAAGUUUUCUUUAAAAAAUUCUUUGAUCGCUACAUUGAAGAUUUGCAUCUUUCGUUUAAGUCUCACUGUGGUUCUGCUGGUUCUGAAAUUUUCAAGUCAGAAAACAGAUUGACGAAGAAGAUGCAGAACUUAGUCGCAGUACUUGGAUUGGUACUUAUAUGCUUGGUUGAAAGUGCUCUAACUGGUGGAAAUAGAUGCAGUUCGCUGACCACUGGCGUGUGUGUGAGCAGAUCUCAAGGAUGUCCAGCUGACUAUAUUGAGCAGGCGGCAUACAGCAACUACAUUGGAUGUUAUACACUGGACAAGAUCUGCUGUACUUUAAAAGUUUCUACAGACUCUACCACAACCACAACCACUACCACAACCACUCCUACUACUCCAUCACCUACACCACAGCCCCAGUGCGGCACAAGCAGCAGCGUCGUGUUUGAUAGAAUUUUAGGUGGAGUACCAACUGCACCUUGUGACUGGCCAUUCGUUGUGUCUAUCCGCUCGUUGUUGAGGGAUCAAACUAAUAUUGAUUUGUCGACCACUGGUCCCGCAUGUCAAGGUGUACUUGUGGACAAGCGAUGGGUUUUGACCAGCGCAUUCUGCGCCUUGGCAGCUGGAGGCAGUAUUGAGGACACAUCUUACGUCGAUCGUAUGCUUGUGGUGGCCGCGGAAUAUAAUGUGAGCCAAGUUGACAUUGACCCUUCUACUGGACAGCCUCAGGAACAAGUGAUAAGAGUGGAGAGGAUGAUCUUGCACCCAGACUACAGAUUUAAAAGCCAGUCCGAGUUUUACCCUUUCAAUGAUGCAGUCGCACUGAACAGUAAUAACGUGGCCCUCAUUAAGUUAGCGGAGCCAAUCAACGGCAAGUGUUCCGGUGUUAUCUGCUUACCAACUCAGAGUGAGGUUAACAAUUCUUGUCAAGGAUAUGACGAUUGCGUCAUCACUGGAUGGGGAUUCAGUACUGAGUUAUUUGAAGGUACACCCAUGGAAUUACUCGGCGCAAGGGUGAAACUAUCUUCUAGAGAUGCAUGUGGUUUCCUAGCAGAGCGCCUGGGUCUAACAACAGUUAGACCUGUUGGAUCUUUAUGUCAAAGUCCAGUGUUCCAAAAUACAGACAGCUGUCUGGGGGACGAGGGCGGCGCCGUCAUGUGCUUCAAUGGUAGGAGCUGGACAGUCAGAGCCCUGCUACCAUUCAACCUGUGCACCAACAACAAAUAUAAUCUGUUUGUCACGGACGUCCAUCCUUAUAUCACCUGGAUACAAAAUACCAUCAGCAGGAACUAGAGAACACAAAACAACUGACAGUUUAUCUCUAAAUGUGCUCUUUAUAAUGUGUGGCAUACAAAAAGAUAGCUGCCUUAGCCAUGUGUUGUUAAAGUUACAAAAUAAAUGAAUAAGUUAUCCAUGAU